AUGAUGAGCUACGCGCAUGAACCGAACUUCAUCGUGGCAGCGUGCUAGCGGCAUGAGUGUCACUGGCGUGUUUGAAGAUUGAACUUCGCGUGGAGCAUGUGAACUGAACGCUGUUUGGAAUCACAAGGUCUUUUCGUGAUGAUUGUUAACGAAGCACUGAAAAGAUGUUUCCGGGCCACAUACUCUCAGUCCCGGUGUUUCUCAAUCGUAAGGUCGAGUUAUUCAACCUCUCAGUCGAAGGAAUUCGAUGGGAUAUCAAGAUCUGGAUCAAGUCCUACAUCUACCAACGUGAGGAUUGGAUGCGCCAGUGGCUUCUGGGGAGAUACUGCCGUCGCAGCACCACAGCUGAUAUAUAUGGGGAAUUUGGACUACUUGGUGUUUGAUUACUUAUCUGAAAUCACAAUGUCACUAUUGACCGCUGCCAAAAUGAAGAAGGAUACUUUGGGAUAUGCUCCUGACUUCCUUACUGCUGGAAUUGGCCCCUAUCUCAAUGAUAUCAAGAGGAAGGGCAUUCGGGUGGUGAGCAAUGCAGGAGGCGUGAAUCCAUUGUCAUGUUCUUGGGAAAUCCAGUCUAUGGCUAAGAAAGCAGGACUUGAUCUCAAGAUUGCUUGUGUCACUGGAGAUGACCUCAUAUCUAAUACAAAGGCAGAAGUAUUAACAGCUUUCAAGUCUUCUUUCAGCAUGAAAGAUUUCUCCAAAGUGACCAGCAUGAAUACAUACUUGGGUGCUGGACCAAUUGCUCAAGCCCUUGACAUGGGUGCUGAUGUUGUAGUAACUGGAAGAUGUGUAGAUAGUGCCCUUGUGCUGGGUCCCUUAGUCCAUCAUGUGUGUGCAACUUACCGGGAUGGGUAUCGUGCCACAGGGCUCGGUGGUAUUGUAGGUCCAAGAGCAGUAGAAAAGGGAAAGAGAACUGGACAUGCCAUCUUGAGUCGAUGUCGCAGUAUUUUCAAGAAACUGGGAUUGAAGGAUUUCUCUGAUGUUAAUGUUCAGGUCUUGGGAAGUGAAAGUUCAUAUGGAGCACAUGCAAGGGAACUGGGUUGUCGUGAAACUGUGCUAUGGGUGGCAGUGACACAUGAUGAGAAAGUUGCUCUGGAGAUCUUUGGGAGAGAAUUAGCUCCUGCUGGGACUGGGAUGGCCCCUGGAUUGACACUCAUGGCUGGUGGUCGACCCAAGGCUUCUCCUGUACUUCGGCUUCAUUCCUUCCUAAUUCCAAAAAGCUUAGUCCAAGUGACAAUGGGUGAAAGGAGUGAGGCCUACAUUCUGCCUGAAUAUAGCAAGUAUGCUCAUCUGGAUGCUGAAGCUUCUGCAUCUGUGACCCCAUUGAAAGAGCCAGAUGUCCUCUUGGGAUCUCUUACUUUCACUGUUGGAGACUUGGCUUAUACUCGGAGUGGAGACAAGAGUGACACUGCCAACAUUGGUGUGAUUGCUAGGAAGCCUGGGUUUCUUCCAUAUUUGAGGAAGGCCUUGACAGAAGAGGCUCUUGGGGAAUAUUUUGCCCAUCUCUUCCCACAUGACAGCACAAGAACCCAAGCCUCUUUUGUCAAGAGGUAUGAGGUGCCUGGGAUCCUUGGGUUGAACUUUGUGUUGGAAUCUUCUCUUGGUGGGGGAGGAGUUGCAUCCCUGCGCUUUGAUCCCCAAGGAAAGGGACUUGGACAGAUGCUACUGGACUUCCCAAUCCAUGAAAUGCCACCUCUGAAUGAAAUUAAGUGAACAAGGAACUACAUGCAUCUGUAUCUUCAAUUCACAUGGAUUGUGUCUUUAUUCCUCUGACUUCUGCAUGUUCAGGGUCAUUAUUUGAACUUGCCUUGCUGAUCUAUUUGUCAGAGGUCAGUUCUUCUUUCCCUAGUUGGCAUCUCUGUUGAUUUCUCAUAUUUCUAUUCCAUGGAGUGCACUUCCAUCUGUCUUAUCCCACCCAUCUGUUUAAAGUGCUAAAAUAUUUUUAUUUAAUUCUCAAUUACAUAAAACAUCUACGUAUAAAGAAAUUAUAUAUUUCUA